AUGUCUGCUCAGGGUUACUACGGCGGUGGUCAGCCACAGUAUGGUGGUCAGCCUCAGUAUCCUCCACAGUCGUACGGCGGCGGCUACCCACAGGGACCUCCACCACAAAUGAACUACGGCUACCAGCAGCCUCCCCCGAUGCAGCAAGCCCCACCACCACGACAAGACAAAAGCAGAGGCUGCCUCGGCGCAUGUCUCGCGACAUUGUGCUGUUGUUUCGUUUGCGAAGAAGGAUGUGAAUGCUGCGCGGACUGCUGCGAGUGCUGCAUGGACUGCUGCUAA